AUGGUUUUCGAAGCCAAAAAGAAUGAAAUGCACUUGGAGGGUCCUGGUCAGGUUCUUGAUCCAGAACCACCUGAUAAGGAAGGCUUUGAAUGGGGGAAAGUACAACAAGAGGCUUUCGACAAGAUCAAAGAUUACCUUGUGCAUCCUCCAAUUUUGUCACCUCCUUGUAGGAAUAGAAGUAUGAGAUUGUACAUAUAUGCAUCUGAUGUAACUUUAGGGAGCAUGUUGGCUCAAGAGGAUGAAAAUGGCGUGAAAGGGCCAUUUACUACCUUAGUAGAGUUCUUAAAUGAUGCAGAGACUAGAUAUAGUAUAGUUGAAAAUCAAAUUGGUAAAUGGGCGUUGGCUUUAACUAAGUAUUCUUUAAAUUACAUGCCUUUCAAGGUUGUUAAGGGACAAGUGGUAGCAGGCUUUAUAAUUGACCACUCUAUAGUCGAAAACUCCCUAAACUAUAUGGAGUUUGAGCCUUGGAAGUUAUACUUUGACGGUUCUCGUCAUAAGGAUGGAACGGGUAUGAGAGUAUUAAUUAUUUCUCCUAACAGAAUUCCAACAAAGUUCAAGUACAAGGUCGAAAGCCUUUGUUCAAAUAAUGAGGCUGAGUAUGAGGCUUUGAUAGCCGGCCUUGAGAUCUUGUUGGAAUUUGGGGCAACUUGA